AGGACGGAUCCCCUCGUUUUCGAUACGAUCCCACUCAUCCCUUGCCCAGGUGUAGUAAUUCAUGGCGACCACCUUUCCUCAACGAAAACCUUAUAGCGGGGUUCAUCGAAAGUUGGUGAUAUCCUUUGAUCUCGGAACCACAUUCAGUGGCAUCUCAUACAGUAUACUUGAGCCUGGAGUCGUUCCAGAGAUAAAUGGAGUGACUCGAUACCCUUCCCAAGACGCUGGUAGCGAUGCCAAGAUACCAACGAUCAUGUAUUACGAUGCUCUUGGGAAACUCAAAGCUGUAGGCGCAGAGACGCAGCACCCAGUUAUAGAAGAAGCCGCCCAAACAGAAGGGUGGAAGAAAUACUCUGGAUUCAAAUUGCAUCUGGGGCCUCAAACAGCGUCGGCUUAUCUUCAGCCGCUCUCCCCUCAUAAAGAGAUCAUAACGCUCUUUUCCGAUUUCUAUGCCUACUUAUACGCUUGCGCCAAGUCAUUUGUACAAGAAACCCAUCACAUCUCGCUUUCUGAAUGGUCCAGUAUGGAAGGCGGAAUUCACUUUAUACUCGCGCAUCCAAACGGUUGGGAAGGACAGCAUCAGAGCAAAAUGAGAGAUGCUAUGAUUAGUGCUAGACUUAUCAGCGAUGAUGAACAAGAUCAUUCGCGUGUGUCUUUCGUCACCGAAGGAGAAGCUAGUCUUCAUUUCUGUUUAAACAGAGGUCUCUCACGAUAUAUCUCGAACGAAGACGGUGUUGUCAUUGUUGAUGCUGGAGGCGGGACCAUUGAUAUUAGUACGUACUCCAGGGCUGGCGUGUCCGAAGGCAACCGGUGUUUCGAAGAAAUUGCUAUCCCCCAGUGUCAAUUAUCGGGCUCCAUGUUCGUUACUGGACGAGCUCAGAUAUAUCUUCGAGACAAAUUAAAAGAAACAGUUUACGCUGAGAUGGCCAAUAGCAUUGCUGAUUGCUUCGACAAGACGGCAAAGUUGCGAUUCAAGAAUGCCGAGGAGCCUGCAUACAUCCAGUUUGGAACCAUUCGAGAUAAUUACCCUGCUCUAGGUGUUCGUGGAGGGACGCUUGCAUUGCCCGGGAGCACUGUCGCCGGAUUUUUCGGCCCUUCUAUAAGUGAUAUCAUCCAAGCUGUCAACCAUCAGCGUUCGACAUCACCCAAGGACAUAUCGGCCGUUUUCCUCGUCGGCGGAUUUGCUGCUAGCAACUUCCUCUAUGACAAAUUACGGGCACACCUACAAUCUGUCGGCAUUAAUCUUUCUCGGCCCGAUAGCCAUGUUAACAAAGCCGUCGCUGAUGGUGCUGUGUCUUUCUAUAUUGACCAUGCGGUGAAUUCCAGGAUGUCAAGAUAUACCUAUGGCAGCAAAGAGUUUACUUCCUACGAAAGGUCAAUGCUUGAGCAUCGGCGGCGUUCAGACAAGGCAUAUGUAGCCGCCAAUGGUGAGUUAUCUCUUGGAGAUCAAUUCGAUGUCAUUCUUCCAAAGGGUAUUUUAGUAUCAGAGACAACGGAGUUCCGGCAUACCUAUCAUCUCUACUCAGAGACUCUGCAGGACCUGAUGUCCAUAUCCGACGAUGUGGUUUGUUAUCGAGGUUCAAAGAAAGAUCCGCGCUGGAUGGACACCGAUGAAGCUAUGUACAAAGUGCUUUGUACAAUUACCGCCAAUACUCAUCAGGCGAUAAAAACACUCAAACCUCAACGUGGUCAAGAUGGAAGAACUUUUUACAAGCUUGACUAUGAUGUCGUCUUGCUUUUCGGUUUGACGGAGCUGCGGGCGUAUGUGUCCUGGAUGCACAAGGGAAAAGAAAAAAGGGGUCCCGCUCGUAUUGUUUAUACGCAACACCUCUAAUUUAGCACGACAGUGGGUAUAUAACACGAAGAAAAUGAUAAUAUUCUCAAACUGAAGAGGAGACAUGGAU